GUGCGGGGGAAGAUGUAGCAGCCUCUUCCCCGAACCACCCCUUUGCCUCCGGACUUCUCUGGGGCCAGCAGCCGCCCGACCAGGGGCCCGGGGCCGCGGGCUCAGCCGACGACCAUGGGCUCCGUGUCCAACCAGCAGUUUGCAGGUGGCUGCACCAAGGCGGCGGAGGAGGCGCCCGAGGAGGCGCCGGAGGACACGGCCCGGGCGGCAGACGAGCCGCAGCUGCUGCACGGUGCCGGCAUCUGUAAAUGGUUCAACGUGCGCAUGGGGUUUGGCUUCCUGUCCAUGACCGCCCGCGCCGGGGUCGCGCUCGACCCCCCGGUGGACGUCUUUGUGCACCAGAGUAAGCUACACAUGGAAGGCUUCCGGAGCCUGAAGGAAGGCGAGGCAGUGGAGUUCACCUUUAAGAAGUCUGCCAAGGGCCUGGAAUCUAUUCGUGUCACUGGACCUGGUGGGGUGUUCUGUAUUGGGAGUGAGAGGCGGCCAAAGGGAAAGAACAUGCAGAAGCGCAGAUCAAAAGGAGACAGGUGCUACAAUUGUGGAGGUCUAGACCAUCAUGCCAAGGAAUGCAAGCUGCCACCUCAGCCCAAGAAGUGUCACUUCUGCCAGAGCAUCAGCCAUAUGGUAGCCUCAUGUCCACUGAAGGCCCAGCAGGCCCCUAGUACACAGGGAAAGCCAGCCUACUUUCGUGAGGAAGAAGAAGAAAUCCACAGCCCUGCCCUGCUCCCAGAGGCCCAGAAUUGAGCCACAUUGGACAGUGGCUAUUCUUUUGCUAUUAGAAAGUUUCAAGGAAGAGGCAGAGUGGAGAAAGUGGGAAUAUGGUGGGUUGGGGCCAGCUGGCACUGCCAUGUAUCUCAGGCCGGGGUUCACAGUAUCACCCCUUCUUCCCUCUUGGUGGGGAGAAGGAGUGAGGCAAAGGAACUCCAACCAUGCUCUGUCCAAAUGCAAGUGAGGGUUUUGGGUGGGGGAUAUCACCCUAGAACCUGCAUAAUUUAUCGAGGCUCCAUCUCCAGAAUCUUAAACUUUUGAAAGUAGCCUGAAUAGGGAAGUUGUUUUCCUUUUAAAAAAGGAUCCUUAAGAAUAAUUCCCAUGCCAGAUUGAAAUGAUGAAGUAUAAGACCAUAUUAAUGAACUCAAACCAUUAUAUCCUGUAGGAGGAGAGUCUCUCAGUAAGGCAGGGCUUUUUUCACACCUUGUAUCCUCAUACCCGCUCUUGGGAUAAGGUGCUGGCAACUGUCCCAAGCAAUGGGUAGUGAUGACAGGCGGGAAGGGGUGGUUAGAGGAACAGCUGCAGACCUGCUGCUCCUACAGUGACUCCCACCCUACUCUAGGCCAAUGUGAUUUUAUUUAUUUGCUCCCUCGGAUAACUGCACCUUGGGUCCCACUUUCUCCAGGAUGCCAACUGCACUAGCUGUGUGCGAAUGACGUAUCUUGUGCAUUUUAACUUUUUUUUCUUAAUAUAAAUAUUCUGGGUUUGUAUUUUUGUAUAUUUUAAUCUAAGGCCCUCAUUCCUGCACUGUGUUCUCAGGUACAUGAGCAAUCUCAGGGAUAAGUCGGCAGCAGCUCCAGGUCUGCACAGCAGGAAUACUCUUUGUUGUUGUUUUUAUCACCAUGGAGAGCAACUACGUGGAGUGCAUAGCCUAUUGAACUACCUCAUUUUUGCCGAUUAGAGCUGGCUUUUCUGCCAUAGUGUCCGCCUGAAACCCCCUCCACCUUGAAAUGUUUCAUGGGAGGACUAGGUUUUAAUUGGGUUGCCCCCUGACUUGGCCUUCUCCUACUGAAAGAUUAGAAAUAAGUCUAAA